AUGCCAAGUACUCGCUCUAAAGGAGAUAAACUAAAGCUACCAUUCGACGAACCAGAGUGUUAUCUAAUAUUAGAACGCCGAAUACGAGAAUAUCGUAUCAACUACAAUCUUCCCGAUCCUAAUAUCCAUAUUCCUGACCAGUUAUACAACCAAAGAUGGCUGAAGGACCGUAGAACCGUCCUCUCAAAAGCCAUCACUCAAAUUCCCUUAUAUGCUAAGUUUCUUAAGGAGAUAUUAUCUAACAAGAAGAAGAUCGAGGAUAAUGAAACUGUUAUACUUACUGUUGAGUGUAGCGGUAUAAUUCAAAAUAAUAUGCCUCAUAAGAUGAAAGACCCAAGGAGUUUCUCCAUACCAUGUGUAAUCGAAAAGUUUGUCAUAGACAAAGCACUAUGCGACUUAGGAGCCAGUAUCAGCUUGAUGCCCUUGUCCAUAUGCGGAAGGCUUAAAGUGGGAGAGUUGAGACCAAAUAGGAUGUCCGUGCAACUUGCGGAUCAUUCUGUUAAAUUUCUCGUAGGUAUGCUAGAGAACAUUCCGGUGCGCAUAGGUCAAUUCUACAUUCCUUCUGAUUUCAUAAUCAUUGAUAUAAAGGAGGAUUCCAAUAUCCCUAUCAUAUUAGGAAGACCAUUCUUAGCUACUUUCGAAUCUAUAAUAGAUGUAAAGAAAGGCAAGCUAACCUUUGAAGUCGGUGAGGAAAAGGUCGAAUUUAUUUUGACGCAAUUCUUAACGGCACCAGCUAUAGACGACACAUGUUGUCUGCUAGAUGUCAUCGACGAAUGUGUAAGAGAAAUAGAGAAUGAAGAAACUUCAUACUCCGAAAUACUGAAAAUUCCAAGGCCUCCUACUUUUGAAGAUGAAAAUUGGCGUAAGGAAUACCAAGAUGACAGUAUGAGUGAAUGUCUAGCACUGACACCCAAUCCUGGACACUGA